AUUAAAAAGACCACUACGGCAGCCAAAGAGUUUGCCGAAAUUUGCUGGUGUUAUUUCCAUUAUUUACUAUUUGUGAAAGAAAAAUCAGCAAGAGGAAUGGGACAGAAUAAACUUGUAAAAAGCGGGAGGAUGGCAGAGUGGCCCAUCGCACCUGACUGUAGAUCAGUAAAACCGGGG